CAGAAAAGAUGGUGAAGAAGACGAGAAAAACAACAAGUUCCAAGUCAUCUUCAUCAGUAACUAGAAGAGUUCCUGAGUUCUUCAAGAUCUUUUUCUCCCCUCGAAGCUUCCACAAAAUGAAAGUCCCUAUAGAGUUCUUGGAACAAUUAACAUGUGAAAUUCCUGAAAUAUUUUCAUUACGUGGUCAAAGUGGAAAAGUUUGGAGUGUACGCUUACUUGAGAUGGGUGAUGGCUAUUACUUUGAAAACGGAUGGCAAGACUUUGUGAUUGAUAACUUCAUGAGCGAUCAAGACAUUUGUGUUUUUAAAUAUGUUAAUGAUUUUCGGUUACAAGUGCAAAUAUUUGAGCAAAAUGGAUGUGAAAAAGAAUCUGCUUUUGAAGCCAAUUGCAGUCAAGCAUCUUCUCCAAGACGCUGGCGGAAAAAGGCAGCGAAGAAUCAAGAUGAAAGACUAGGAGGACGUUUAAUGUCACGAAGACGUGACAUCACAGUGGAAGAAGAAAAUAUGGCAUGGAAUGCAGCACUUGGGUUUGUCUCUAGAAAUCCCUAUACAGUGAUCACUAUGCGAAAUUCCCAUGUUUAUACUGGAUACUGUCUGCCAUUGCCACGCUCAUUCUGCAAUGAGCAUCUUCCUGAUCGCAGUCAAGAUAUGACUUUGAGGGAUCCUCGUAGAGAAGUGUGGGACUCCAAUCAUAAGACUGAUCUGAAACUUCCUAAUCUAGGGGAGCAGCAUCAUCUACACUUUGCUUGCUAACGUUCCCAUCAUGCCUGGGGCUAUUGCCCCCACCGAGCACCUACUUAUUCUUCUUCUUCUUCUUCUUCUUCUUCUUCUUCUUCUUCUUCUUCUUCUUCUUCUUCUUCUUCUUCUUCUUCUUCUUCUUCUUCUUCUUCUUCUUCUUCCACUGUAUCUCGUGAUCUUCUUAAUUUGAUCUCA